AAACGUCAAGCGUGCCAACCCCACUCAGCCAUCCCUACUCGAGUCGGCAGUCAUGUCGCCGCAGAAUCACAAGCACUAUGGCCAGGACGACGUCUUUCAGCUGGCGGGUGUUCUCGCGCAGAAAAUCAUCCUCAACCACGCCUACCAGGACGGCAAUAAGCGAGCUGCCCUCGUGGCGGCGGACAUGUUCCUUAAGAUAAAUGGAUACCAGCUUCAGAAGAAGCCCUUUGGCAGAGACAGCGUUAAUGAGGAGCUAAAGCGCGCUCACGUGGCAGUUGCAACUAGCCAGUGGACAGCUGAGGACUUGGCGGCGUAUUAUAGUAGCAUCGCAAAGCCCCUAGGCAGAGCCACGGAUGAGGUUGAGGAGUACCUAUCCGAGUCUGAGCAACUCUAGUCGGACCUAGGUGCUGGUGGUGGAGGGACACGGAUAUGGUAAGAUGCGGGAAAGGUUAGGGAAGGUUUGAGAUAUCUAGUCGCUCUUGUACAUCGUUGGCGGUAAUGCUCUGGAAAUCCUCCUAUAUAGGUGUUAGACUUAGCCGCAAGAGUGACUCUACCUAUAGUAACAACGGCAUCCGCC